AUGAACUUCGAGGAGGAGGUGAGGGCGCAUCGAGACCUGGACGGCUUCCUGGCCAGAGCUAGCAUCAUAUUGGAUGAAACUGCGCCGGCACUAGACGACGUUCUGAAGAGGAUGUUGCAUCACGUGGGGCAGGACAGCCACACGGCCGAGCCAGGAUGCCAUUUUGAGGAGGUCAUGAGCAUGUUGUUCACUGACACAGGAGCUCAGGAGGUUAACGCCCACCUGGUGUCAGAGACCAUCCAGGGAGUAACAGCCACUGCCACCGGGGUCCAAUACCAACAAUCCUGGUUAUGUAUCCUCUGCAAUGUGAAGAGUCUCCAGAGACGUCAUGUCUGUAUCUCUCGUCUGGAGCGGCCUCAGAACUGGGGAGAGAACUGCUGUGAAGUCCGUUAUGUCAUCCUCAUCCUGGCCCCACUCAAAAUGAAGAGUACAAAGACAGCGAUGGAGCUGGGCAGGACAUUUGGGACGUUAUUCUCAGACAUCUCGUUCAGACAGAAGCUCCUAGAGACCAAGACCCAGGAGGAGUUUAAAGAAGCCCUGGUGUUCCAACGACACCAGCUCACAGCAGCAAAUCAGCAACCUGCUGCCGUGGAGGAGGAGGAGGAGGAAGAAGAGGAGGAGGAGACUGACCCACACUCCCACAAACCACUCAAGGUGAGGCUCCCAACACUCAACACACGUGUCCCAGCUGGGCACAUGAAGUGACAUGAGCCCACCCCUACCCCAAAGCAAAGCUGUCAUCAAGGCAAAGCGGGGCUACUUUGAAGAAUCUAAAAAAUGUUUCAUCAUGAGUCCACCCCCACCCCCCAUCCACAAGAGGUAAUUUGUACAUGUAGGUUGGGUUGAAGUGACUAUGCAUAGAUAAUAAACAGCGAGUAGCAGCACUGUACUAAAGGGAGCGGGGGGAGGUUUCAAUGUAAAUUGUCCGG